GUGCUAGAGCCGGCGGGAGGCACGGACCUCCGAACUGGGGUGCUGAGAGUUGGAUCGCCUCAGUCGCGGCGGCGAGGACGGCCCGCCCUGCGAGGUGGAGUUCACGCCUGCGCAGUGAGGCCAGCGGCGCGAGCGCGGCGGUGCAUUGUGGGAGCCCCGCGAGUGUGUGUGAUCUUUUCGGCCGCUGGGUGCUACUUUGCUACCUGGGGCCCGGCGGGAGCGACCCCAGAGUCCGCGCGCCGGUUCUGCCCGAAGCUAGCCCAAGACCCGGGACUGGGAGGAAGCGCUGGAGCCUGGAGUCUCCCUGGAGUUCGUUCCGCGCCGCCUGGAGAACGUAUCUGCCCGGCUCGGCGACCGCCGCUCCCUCCCAUCACCCUGGAGCCGCUGAAGGACGUCCACCUGGGCCUGGCUCCGCCCGGCCGCGGCCCGGCUCGCCUUGCCCUCCUCUCCGGCCACUACCUCUACUACCACUACGGCUGCGACGGCCUGGAUGACCGGGGCUGGGGCUGCGGCUAUCGCACUCUGCAGACACUGUGCUCGUGGCCAGAGGGCCGGCCUGCGGGAGUGCCUGGGCUGGCUGCCGUGCAGGCGGCUCUGGAGGACAUGGGCGACAAGCCCCCUGGGUUCCAGGGCUCGCGGAGCUGGAUCGGCUGCGUAGAAGCCAGCCUCUGCCUUGACUAUUUCGGGGGGCCCCAAGGGCGCCUAUGUCAUGUGCCCCGUGGAGCCGGGCUUCAUCGGGAACUAGAGAGGCUUUACUCCCACUUCGCAGGGGGUGGGGGGCCUGUAAUGGUUGGAGGGGAUGCGGAUGCCCAGUCCAAGGCCUUGCUGGGAGUGUGCCUAGGGCCAGGCACGGAAGCCUAUGUCCUGGUAUUGGACCCUCACUGCUGGGGUGCUCUAAACAACCCCAGUGAACUACAGGCUGCUGGGUGGGUGGGCUGGCGAGAAGCAAGCAUGGCCUUUGACCCCAACUCCUUCUACAACCUGUGCUUGACCACUUGUAACUCGGAAAAGCAGCAGCACGCCCUGGACUGAGGCUAAGGUCCCAGAACUGAGACGUCUCCAGCUCCAUACAAGCUCACCUACCCCCAUCUCAAAGGCAGAGCCCCCAGGAAAUCCCAGCAGAGCCUGGGACCUAUAGUGUCAAUAAAGUGGCAAGGCCCAGCCAA